CGAUUUUCAGAAUUCAGAUUUGUACCACCUCUCACAUACUUAUACGGAACAUUGACACGUGUCAUGUACCAUGACGCUGACGUGGAAAUCAUACGACCUAGGUUCAACACUCUACCGCACCACAAAUACCCCAUUCGUUUUCUACCGAAUGUCACACAUAUCAAUUAUCAUAUGGAUUGGGAUAAAGUUGAAGGAGGGGAAAUGAUGUGAAGUUUUCAUCAACAAAACCACCCGGAAUUACACCGUCUCCGGCCAUGACCGACGCAUUUUAGUCGCCUGAGGGGAGGAGCUAAAUCGGAUAAAUAGAGAAAGAGGAUGGGGAUGUCCUGGGAAGACGUGGUGUUGAUCGAGAGAAGUAAGACUUCCGGCGACCCGACGGUGGUGACGGUGAACUGCCCCGACAAGGCGGGGCUGGGAUGUGACCUGUUACGGAUUGUACUUGAAUUCGGACUCUAUGUUACCCGUGGAGAUUUCUCGACUGAUGGAAGAUGGUGUUACGUAGUCUUAUGGGUAGUCCCACGCCCAAGCUCAAUGAGGAUCGACUGGGAAAGCUUAAAAAAUCGGCUUUUAUCUUGUUGCCCUUCAUGUUUACCCACAUUUUAUCUCAAUCACCUUUCUGGUUCUGAUUCUGAUUCUUCCAAAUCACCUCCACUCUACCUGUUGAAAGUUUUCUCCCUCGAUCGAAAAGGGUUGAUACAUGAUGUGACGAAAGUCCUGUGUGAUCUUGACCUAGCGAUUCAGAGAGUUAAAGUGACAACAACGCCAGAUGGAAAAGUUCUGGACCUUUUCUUUAUUACAGAUGGCAUGGAGUUGCUUCACACGAAGAUACGACGUGAGGAAACAUGUGAACACCUUAGUGCCGUGUUGGGAGGAUGUUGUAUCACGUGUGAACUUGAGGUAGCAGGAACAGAGUACGAUGUUCAACAAGGACAUUCUUGUAUUUCAGAAACAGUUGCUCAAGAAUUGUUCGGAGGAUAUGAGGUUGAUGUUGAUCGUCCACAGUCUGAAGCUAGCAUAACAGUCGAUAAUUUACUGAGCCCAACGCAUACAUUGCUUCAAAUACGGUGUCUUGAUCAGAAAGGUCUCGUGUAUGACAUUUUCAAGAUCUCCAAGGACUGCAAUAUCCGUAUUGUGCAUGGGAGAAUCUGGAGCAGCGAUAAAGGACUGAAGGAGGAGAUGCUGAAUCCCUUAAGAGUUAUGAUUACGAAUCGUGGGCCUGAUACAGAACUUGUGGUUGCUAAUCCUGUUGAGUUAUCUGGGAAGGGAAGGCCUCGGGUUUUUUAUGAUGCUACGCUUGCAUUGAAGACACUCGGGAUUUGUGUGUUUUCGGCGGAGAUAGGAAGACACUCGAGUUCACGACGGCAGUGGGAAGUAUAUAGGUUCCUUUUGGAUGAAAGUCGAGGAAGCAACAAUCGAGCUAAACGUGAUGUUGUUGACAAAGUCAGAAGAACCCUUAUGGGCUGGUGAAUGAAUCAAGAUUCAAGAUAUAUAUAUACGAAUGAGAUGAAAGUUCUCGAUAUGAGAUAAUUAUAAUUAUAAAUGUAUGUAUAGGAAACUUUGUCUUGUAACACUAUCUAGAGAAAAUUUUAAAUCUUUAUAAUAAUAAUGACUAAUCAGAGAUAUCCAUGAGUCUUGACUCUUGAAUAUGACAACAAAACAGUGCAGCAAAUGGUCUUGCUUCAUAUUAAUUGUGUAAACACGAUUUAGG